AGAAAAAUAAAGAAAAAAGUCGCCAAAUAUAUAAAUAAAUGAAAAGCACAACAACUGUAGAAGUAGCUUGAAUAAAUCCAUCAACAAAAACGAGCUUCCUUCUUCCAGAAAAAUUUAUUCUGAUUCUCUGCUUUCGUCAAACCCUAGUUUUAGUUGUUUCAUUCAGAUAAGGUCAAUCAACGCCCUUAAGCUCUGAGAGAUUAUUGCUGCUCAAUCUUCAUUCAGCAUACUAGGAAGGGAGCUAAAUUCUGAAGGUUUUUCACUAGCCUGUUGUCCCAUGUUUUCGGAGUGUCGUCUAGGGUUGGCAGACUUGAAUGGCUUUUCCCAUACUGGGACAUCAUCAUAAGAGUUCAACUGACGAAGCCGAUUUGUUAAUGGAAGGAGCUGACAGUCGCAGCGAUACCGAACACGUUAUUGACAUAACAGGCAGUGGUACUGCUUCUUCAUCUAAUUCAUCCCAUGAAAGGCCAUCAACUGGUUUGGAGCAGCAAAGGAGUGAAGACCUGCCAUCUACUAGUUCAAGGGUUCCCCUUUAUCAGCCUCAACCUUUUACUGCCGGUGGGUCAAACUCAAGGAGUUCAUCACUAAGUCGUAGAGGAAAUACUCGCAGCCGACAAAGAAGUCCAUUAAAUUCUGGUUUAUGGAUAUCUGUUGAGCUAGUAUUAACAGUCAGCCAAAUUAUAGCAGCUAUUGUUGUCUUGUCCCUGUCCAGAAGUGAGAAGCCUCGUGCUCCUUUGAGAGCAUGGGUUGUUGGAUAUGCAUCUGGUUGUUUGGCGAUACUUCCCCUUCUAUAUUGGCGUUUUAAAUAUCGUAAUCAAAGUCCUGAGCAGGACUCAUCUCAAAAUGGACAAGAUGCUUCCCUUAGCAAUAACUCUGCUGUUCCUUUCGCGAGGAGGUCAAUAAGCAGAGAAGAUAGCUGGACAACUGGUACAUCAACUAGAAGCACUCAGAAUAAUGGAUUACCGAAUUCAAGGCUUAAGGUAUUUGUCGAAUAUUUCAAGAUGGCUUUGGACUGCUUCUUUGCUGUGUGGUUUGUCGUUGGAAAUGUAUGGAUUUUCGGGGGCCACUCGUCUUCCUCUGAAGCUCCCAAUUUAUACAGGUUGUGCAUAGUGUUUCUGACCUUCAGCUGUAUCGGAUAUGCUAUGCCUUUUAUUCUGUGUGCUACAAUCUGCUGCUGCCUCCCUUGUAUAAUAUCAGUUCUGGGCAUCAGAGAAGAUUUUUCUCAGAAUCGAGGAGCUACUCAAGAUUCGAUUAACUCUCUACCAACAUAUAAAUUUAAAAUGAAGAAAAGCAAGGGCAGUAAGGAACAUAGUUCUAAUGCACCCGAGGGUGGGAUAGUGGCUGCUGGAACGGAGAAAGAGCGUGCAAUCUCAGGAGAGGACGCAGUUUGCUGCAUUUGCUUAGCGAAAUAUGUCAACAACGAUGAACUCAAGGAACUGCCGUGCACUCAUUUCUUCCACAAGGACUGCGUAGAUAAAUGGCUGAAAAUCAACGCCACAUGCCCACUCUGCAAAGCCGAGGUUGGUGAUACCAUUUUCAGCUCGCUCACUGAAGCAACAGCCAGCCUACGAAACAGCACCAUGCUGUAUCGCUGAGGAAAAAGGAGCGCGAAACAAUAGCCCGGACGGUCUUACAAAGUGUUCUUUUGUCAGUUGUGCAUAGUCGAUCGUGGUGAGGCCCGAACAUACAAUCCUAUUUCGUGGGUUUCGGGCCGAAAUUGCAAUUCCAUUUCAUGGUUUGGGGCUGAAAUUGCAGCCCUAUGUCAUGGUUUUGGUGUUGUUGGAUUAGAUUCUGCUGUAGUUUGAUGUAUAAGUGUUCUUUGCCUAAGAUAAUGUGAAUUGUCAAGAAUAUUGUUGUGUAUUUCAGGAUGAAAAAAAAUGGAUUUAUGUACUUGUAAUGUAAUAUAAUGAUACAUGUUCUUUCACAUACUAAA